UGUUUGUGUACAAGAGGAGUUUGAAACCGUCAGUUGGGGCCACAGAUUUGGGUUAGUGACAGGCUUUUAAUUUAUUUUUUUUACAACAAUUUGCUGUCAAUGUGUAUUUGACGCUAUUGAAGAAUUUGCGACCUCACGGUGAUUUUUGUUUUUUUUGGAGAUGGGACAGACUUAGACUAUAAAUAGCCUAGUUAAAAAUAACUUUAUUUGAUUUUACAUUGAAUGAAUCAUGGACUUUUUAAAGUAAGGAAUAAUUUCAACAGAGGUUACAUUUGAUUUGUCCUCUCUUAACCCUCCGUAUAAUUGAGCAAAUAAAACAUUGGCUACGCCAAUCACGGACUACACUGCUAUUCUCCGGCACUGUACGAGAAUAACAAGUAGCGCUGUCGUUUGCAACAAAAACAUUGAAAAGAGGAGAAAUCAUUAUUCGGGUUUGGUCACGUUUUUGAAGUGCAAUUCAUAAACUAAGAAGAAUAGGCUAGGAGUGUGAGGUGAUUUAUUUAACCAGCGCAAGGAACCAUCUGGUGAUUGCAUCGCCAAGUUUACACUCCUGCGUGCGCGUACGUACCAUCCCUAAACUCCAGUGGAAGGGAGGAGUAGAAGGUGUAGCAGCACAAUUGCAGUGGCCCUCUGAUAAAUGUCCACCUGCGCUGAAGUUUUUAUGGGUCUUUCUCUUCAGCCAAAGCUGCUGUAUGAGGCAGAUCUUCCAGCGUGGAUCAUAGCAACUUGUCAACUCUAACAGAGCUGCCCCAAGUCCACUCCCCAGCCAUCUGACAGACCCAACACACAUCAAAGCUCAGCUCAGUCCAACCCAGCCCCUUUGACUCAUACCAUUGGGCCAUGGAGGAUUAUGACGUGCGCUCGGCCGCCAGUAUCCUGGCCUCGGUGAAAGAGCAGGAGGCACGCUUCGAGCGUCUGACCCGGGCCCUGGAGGAGGAGCGACGCAACGUCUCCCUGCAGCUGGAGCGUUCCAAUGUACCCCCCGACAGGUUGGGAGGGACUGGGCCUAGCGCUAACCUGCCACCCAACAGCCAACCCCUGGCCUGGCAGCAGGUGGUGAUGCAGGAGCAGAGCCCCAGUAACCAGACGUCUCUGGCCAUGAUGCAGGAGCCCCAGGAGAUGGUGGAGGAGACGGUCACCAUCGAGGAGGACCCUGGCACGCCCACCUCCCAUGUGUCCGUUGUCACCUCCGACGACGGCACCACACGACGCACAGAAACCAAGGUGACCAAGGUGAUCAAAACCAUCACCCGUCGCAGGUACCUGCCAGUGACCGUCACAGAGACCCUGGUGGUGCCAGGAGGUCCCAUCACCCCGCAGUCCAAACCCAGCACCCCGGUGCCCACCCCUUCUCCCACCCCCUCCCCAUCAGAGACAGACCCAGUGACUAAGAUGGUGAAGACGGUGACCACACGGACGGUUCGCCAGGUGCCCCUGGGCCCCGACGGCCUGCCUCUGCCUGAGGGCUCGUCCCCGCUGGGCAGCUACACAGACUCCAUCGACCGGCGCUACCUGAAGAAUGGCGAGCGCUACAUCACCACGCCGCAGGCCACCUCCACACUCACACGCUCCUACAACAACUAUAACGACUCCUACAGCGACGCACUCCCCCCCGACGCUGGUGGGAGUCAGUACGGUGGGCGCCACUACGGCCUCCAUGACGGUUACGGCAUUGGAGAUGCAACGGACAACUACGGCAGCCUGUCCCGCGGAGUCAACUUCCGACCACCCCGCUACCCCUACGCUAUGGCUAACAGCUAUCGGCCAGAGAACAGCUACGGGACCCUACCCAUCCGGAAGGAUGACUACGGCCACGUGGCCCAGCCCCAGGUCCCCAUGGGCAGCAGCAGUGUGGACCUGAACCGGUCGCAGCCAGAACGCUUCCAGCCAGAGCCCUACGGACUGGAGGACGACCGCCGCAGCCUGGGCCCCGAGGAGGAGGAGCCCUAUGACCUGGAGCCUGACUACUCCACUGCUAGCCGGCGCCAAGGCACGCUGCCAGGCACCAACCGCGGCAGAACCAUGAGAGAGCCGCUCCGCGACGGGCCACGCAUCAGGGGUUACGAGGAUCCCAUCGAGGCGGAGAUGAUUGACGAGCGACACCCCUACAUCCAUGGCAUGUACCCGGCCCCCCUGGCCCAGCCCGAGAGGGGGAGCAUGGCCAGCCUGGACCGCCUUGCUGGCCGCCGCUCGCCCUCCAUCGACAGCAUCCGCAAGGACCCGCGUUGGCGUGACCCCGAUCUGCAAGAGGUCAUAGCCAUGCUGGGCCACCCCAUCGACCCAGUCAAGUCUAACGCCGCCGCAUAUCUGCAGCACCUGUGCUACGAAAAUGACAAGAUCAAGAAAGAUGUGCGCCAGCUGAAGGGGAUACCGGUGCUGGCAAGCCUGCUGGACCACCCCAAGGCUGAGGUCCACCGCAAGGCCUGCGGAGCCCUGAGAAACAUCUCCUACGGCAAGGACCACGACAACAAGGUGGCCAUCAAGAACUGUGACGGUAUCCCCGCCCUUGUCCGCCUGCUGAGGAAGACCAACGACAUGGAGGUCCGCGAGCUGAUCACAGGGACCCUGUGGAACCUGUCUUCCUUUGAGCCUCUGAAGAUGGUGAUUAUAAACCACGGACUGCAGACUUUGACCAACGAAGUCAUCAUCCCCCACUCAGGCUGGGAGCAUGAGCCCAACGAGGACUCCAAACCUCGUGACGCAGAGUGGACCACCGUCUUCAAGAACACAUCAGGAUGUCUGAGGAAUGUGAGUUCAGACGGGGCCGAGGCAAGGCGCAGACUAAGGGAGUGUGAGGGGCUUGUGGAUGCUCUGCUGCACGCCUUGCAGUCAGCUGUGGGCAAGAAAGACAUGGACAACAAGUCUGUGGAGAACUGUGUGUGUAUAAUGCGGAACCUGUCUUACCACGUUCACAAAGAGAUCCCAGGGGCCGAGAAGUUCACAGACCCGUCCGUUCUGCAGGCCCCGGGCUCUGCGGGCCCUCAGAGGAAGAAGAAGGAUGACGCAGGCUGCUUUGGAGGGAAGAAGGCCAAAGAGGAAUGGUUUAAUCAAGCCAGAAAAAACGGCGAGAAUGACAAAAGCUACGAUACGCUGGAUCUACCCAAGCGCACAGAACCCACAAAAGGUUUUGAGCUGCUGUACCAACCGGAAGUGGUGAGGCUGUACCUGUCUCUCCUAACUGAGAGUCAGAACUACAACACUCUGGAGGCUGCCGCAGGGGCCCUGCAGAACCUCAGCGCCGGACAGUGGACCUGGUCCAACUACAUCCGUGCCACAGUGAGGAAGGAGAAGGGUCUUCCCAUCCUGGUGGAACUGCUGCGUUCUGACUCUGACAAGGUGGUCCGAGCCGUGGCCAUCGCCCUGCGCAACCUCUCCAUCGACCGCCGCAACAAAGACCUGAUCGGGAGCUAUGCCAUGAGGGACCUGGUGAGUAACCUGCCCAGCGGUCAGCAGCGGCCAGCCAAGAACCUGGAGGAAGACACGGUGGUGGCCAUCCUCAACACCAUCCACGAGAUCGUGACGGACAGCUCUGAGAACGCACGCUCCCUCAUCCAGGCCCAGGCCAUCGAGAAACUGGUGGCCAUCAACAAGACAAGCCAAUCACCACGUGAGGACAAGGCCGCCUCCCACGUGCUGCAGACGGUGUGGAGUUACAAGGAUCUGAGAAACGCCCUGACCAAGGAAGGAUGGAACAAGAGCCACUUCCAGCCUACAGCGACCGGCGCCCCUAAAGCAACCAAGAAUGGCAAGCCAGGCUAUGACGACACCACUCUGCCCCUGAUGGAGAAGAACCAAGGUCAGUCUGUGAUGGCAGGCGAGACUGGGGAUCCUCCGGGCCUGGCCUACUGUGGUGAACUGAGCACCAAGAAAAAUGGAAGUGGUGAUAUGAUACCUAUGGACGAGCUUGGUCCAGAUGGCUACUCCACCAUCGACCAGAGAGACAAAGACUGCAAGUACAAGAGUAGUGGAGACGGGUCAGUGGACCUGUCAGAACGCGAGCCAUUAAAGAAUGACACAAAUAGGAAACACUAUGUCAGGAGUAACAGGCCUGCAGUCAAACUGGUGGAUGCUUGUGACGUUAAACCUCAGCCUGUUGACUCCUGGGUCUAAAUGCAUGCAUGGCUUAAAUAACGACAGCGUAACACCUAAACUAGAGGAUCUCCCAUGUCAUCACUGCCAUAACACAUGGAACUCAUUUUGAUGUUGACUCGUCAGCAGAUAGACUUUGUAAAAGAAAGAAAAAAGAAACAAUCAUCCAACAACCAAUGUUUCAUGCUUUUGAAUCAGCAAAUGAAAUGAUGUAUAAACAAAGAAAGAAAAGAAAAUCUAAAAACGACUACUUGUCAUAUCUACAUUCCCCACUGGAUGGACAGGUGUAGGGUACCCUAACAGCAAGGACUCUGACUGGAGCAGCACUGCAUGGUGUCAGGAUGUAGGUGUAGGGUACCCUAACAGCAAGGACUCUGACUGGAGCAGCACUGCGUGGUGUCAGGAUGGAAGAGAGGAAGCAGUUGUUGUCGUAGAGAUACAAGUAUUCUAGAGCUCUAUCUCUAUGGCAAUGUACGGAUGACUGGUGGUGGGGGAGAGAAGGUGAUGAGAAGGUGAUGUUUGUUGGGAGGAAAGGAAGUGUGUUGGAAAGGAAAGGAGAUAGUUUGCUUCAAAUAGUAUUUUUUUCUAUGUUACAAUUUAGUCUUUUGUUUAGGUUUUGUUUUUGUUGGUUUGUCUUUCGUCGAGGCACAGUAAAUUGUUUUUGUUUGUAAAAUUAUUUUUAUUAUUUUUCUUUUGCUGGUCUUUGUUUUUGUUUGGGUUUUCCGGAUUGAAGAAGUGUGGACUGGUGUGGUAGAUGAAGGUUGGGUUGGUUUGAAGGACUUGAUGCUUGAAGGGCACUUAAAGGAACUGUACACCUGCAAGUGUUGAUUGGACUUAAGGAAGUGAAAUGAUGUGCAUUUGGUUGGGUUACUUAUAGCUGUUGAGCGAAACAAAAUGAAAAUAUAUUUUCAGUAUUGACACAGACUAGAGAUAUGUGUUUGCCGAUGAUAUAUGAAUUGCUUGGUUGGUUGCAGUUGAAGAGGAUUUAAGACAUUUUGUUUAUAAAUGGAUUGUGUUAAUGAAGGAAUGGAAAGUACAUGCUCCUGGUGUCAAAGGGUAGAAUCUAAAAGCAUUUUAUAUUUUUGUUGGUUUUAUAAAUGUAUAUUAGGGUCAAAGAAAAACAAAAAGAGAACAGAGAAAACAAUAGACACGUCUUAGUUGUGUACUCAUAAUAGGUUGUUUGGGAAGCACAUUCAUUGGAUAAAAUAUCAUGUUUGUAAACAGAAAUAACCACAUCAUUUAAGUGUCAAAUCUGUAGUCAUGCUGAUCACAUAUUUAUAUUUUGUACUGUCAAGAGAAAACAAAACAAAACAAGAAGAGCUGUUAUUCAGCUUUCUUUUUAAAGGCGAGUUGAACUGAUGACCUGGUCUCCAAAUCUUUCAAGGAGAUUAAUAGAGGGGGGGGG